AUGACUACCGACGGCAAAUCCGUCCCCAAAGAUGUUCUGGAAGCCGACGCCGUCUUGAAGCAGCUGGGCCAAGCGGGAAGGUUCCACAUUCGCAUGUACGUGAUGGUUGCAAUGGCGACUUUCCAAGUCGGCUUGUUGCACACCACCUACAUCUUCCUCGCAGCGGACGUUCCGUACAGAGAAACCCUUACAACGGAAAAUCAUUUGUCACUGGAGAAGACGAAC